AUGUCUUCUCAGCACUUGUGGCCAGCAGACGGCAUUAUUGCCACACUUCUCUCCCCUUUUGGACCAGCUAUGGGCACCAGGCUGGUCAACUGGGCUCGGCAUUUUCGGCUUGUCGGUCCAGUCCUCUGCUAUCUCUUCCCCGAGGAAGAAGGCCCUCGUCCUAAUCAGCGGGAUGGGGAGCCUCAGGUUGGUCUCGAUGCUGAAUCUAUUGUCCUGCUGCGUGGUGCUCUGCGUGACGCCGUGCAGGAAGGCCUUAAGGCCGCUGGUAUCGAUCAGGCGCUGACCGCUGAAAUUCGAAGGCAGAACGCGUUGCUUCAACAGCUCGUCGAUGUCACAGAACGGAUGCGGAAUGAGGCAAAUGAUCGCUCACCGCUGGGAGCUACCAGCGGCGGCCAUGGUUUCAACAACCUGGUCGCACCAGCGAAGGGCUUGCACUUCUACGUAGUGCUGGUGACGAGUAGCUCUUCAACGAGUGAAACUAGGACAAGCCCAACCAAGGACACCUCAUCCUAG